AUGGAGCCCAGGAUUCCUGGCGUCGUCCAGGGGGUCGAGGCUCAAGGGGCGGCCUCAGACGAGACAGCGGCCGAUGGUGUCGAGAGCACUGUGGUGUGGAGCUCUGGCCCCGAGGCGGUGAUCCUCAUGGGCCUGUCGGGCCUGACCGACGGCAAGAAGGGCCUGGGCCUGACCUCGCACGGCAUGGUGAAGGCCGUCUACCACGCCUGGGCGGCGCUGCUCGGCGGGGAGGACUCGGAGUGGCACGACUGGCCCGGGCGCAUCCUCCGCCUGGGCCUCCUCUUCAUCGUCCUCGUGGUCAGUGCCACCUACACGGCGAAUCUGGCCUCCUUCUUCACGCGGCCGGGCAUCAAGCUGCAUGGGCCUAAGGACCGCGCGUCGCUGAGGGACGCCGUCGCCUGCGUCCUGCCAGAGGAGUCGACCGUGGCGAUCGCGCAGCCAUUCGUGAAGGACCCCAUCCACGCGUGCCCGCGAUUCCGUCGGCUCGGCCGCAGCGCAGCUGGCUGCGCUCGGUCGCAUCGGACCGGGCUGCGCAGCGGGGUGUAG